AUGUCGCCCUUCCUGUUUGAUUUGCUGGCGCAAAAGAGCAAACUGCGCGUGCUUGAAGACGGCCGUCAGCAGGUUCAAGUCGUUGGGCUGACUGAGAAGGCGGUUGACGGCGUCGAUGACGUGUUGAAACUCAUCAACAUGGGGAAUGUCACUCGGACGAGUGGGCAGACAGCCGUGAAUCAGCAUUCGUCAAGAUCCCAUGCCGUGUUCCAGAUCGUCCUGCGAAAUGGGAUGACCGGAAAAUUGCACGGGAAGUUCUCUCUGAUCGAUUUGGCAGGAAAUGAAAGAGGCGCAGAUACUACUUCUGCCAAUCGCACAACCAGAAUGGAAGGAGCCGAGAUCAACAAGUCCUUGUUAGCUUUGAAGGAGUGCAUUCGGGCGUUGGGAAGGAAAGGAGCGCAUUUACCUUUCAGGGCGUCAAAACUGACGCAGGUGUUGAGGGAUUCUUUCAUUGGAGAAAAAUCAAAGACAUGCAUGAUUGCCAUGAUCAGUCCCGGAUUGAGCUCUUGCGAGAAUUCCUUAAAUACUUUGAGAUACGCGGAUCGAGUGAAGGAACUCGGAGCAUCGGAUCCUGCUAUGUCCGGGUCGACACGAGGAGGAGCAAUCGACCUCGAGGACGAAGACGAUAUGAACGACGAUGAUGACGACUUGGCGCAAUUGCGAUCGUUGAAUGAGCAGGAGUUGAGUGAUGAUCUGUUUCAUCAUCAAUCCGCCAUCACGCAUCUACAAACGAUCGAGGAUGAGGUUCUUGAUGCCCACAGAUCUGCGGUUGAAGAAAAUGAUCGCUGGACCGCAGUGGACAAGUCCCUGUUGAAAAUGACUGAUGAAGUGGAUUACGAUGUUGAUGCGUAUGCUCAACAAUUGGAAGACCUUCUGGCAGAGCGGAUUGAUUUCUACAACACCAUGAAAAUCAAGGUGACUCAAUUUCGACGGCAGCUAGCGGAGGAAGAGAAAAUAUCUCGCAAUUUCAACAACAAGAAAUGAUGAGCCGAUCCUACCUUGACUGGAUUUUCUUUCGUUUCAAUUUGUUUUUCUUUCAAUUCUUGAGUUGUU